AUGAUCAUCGUAUCCGAGCCCCACAAAAAGUGGGACGCUCAAACAGAGCGUAGAGAGCAACACUAUCAUGUGGUAGUCAAAUUCCAGAGGCCGUUCGCUCACUACAAAGUGAACCAGGACAUGUCUGCGCUGGGAGCAAAAGGUUUUUGGACGUUCAAUUUGUGUGGCCUUGCCGUGUAUUUGCACUACAUCCUCCGAGAAAGCGCAAAGAAGAUAGGCGCAGACAUCGAUCCAGAACCAUACUUCUGGCCAGAGAGUUUCACAGCAUCACACGCGGCAGAGAUCAUGGACAGAGUUUCAAACAGUCAGCUGCAUCGAAAUGGAAACGAAGGUGUCAAAGCUGCUGUGCAAGCGUCGUCCAAGCGACCGGAAGAGUGCUCCAAGCGUCCGACCAAGCGUCGGAAGUCAUUGUCCUUUUCGGAGUUUACGGACCUGGUCAUAGAAGCUGGGGUGGAAACGGAACAGCAAUUAUUUCAGUUGGCCAAGGACCAAAAACUGAAAGGGCACGAUCUUCUUUGGAAUUUUGUCGGCCAAGCAAUCCAUCCAGAGCGGCUUCUGGCCAGGUGCCUGCGUGCUUGGAAUUCGGAGAAGAUGCCCCCAACACUUCUUCAUACAACUUCUAAGUUCGGCGUGGCUGACUUCGAGAUUCCUCCCGGUCUCCAGGAAUGGCGUGACAAACACCGAUUGGAUCGCACACUGGUUCUCAGUGGGCCUGGGAACUGUGGCAAGACGGCUCUGUGCGCCGCCCUGCUGGCGGAACACGGUGCUUACUAUUUUUUGGACAAGCUGGAUGUGGUCAAGCGAUGUUUGUUUCAAAGCACGACAUCUCUUUUGGUUGACGAUGUAUGCCUCCGAUCUGCUUCGGUUGAUGACGCCAAGUCCUGGCUGGACAACACCGUUUGCAGGUUUGCGUCCUGCCGACACGAGGAUGGUAUGUUGCCUCCGGGCAUGCGGUGCUUCACGACCAAUUGGGACAAGCGUGGGUUCCUGCCCGACGAAGCCCGGCAUGAGGAACACUUGGUGGCGAUUGAGCGGAGGAUGUGGUUUGUUGAGGUCGGUUCUGAUCUUCGUAAGAACAGUGCUUCUUUGACCAGUUCCUCUUCGGCGGUGCUGCCACUGCCAGCUUCCGAUGAGAUGUUGCAGGUCCUCGCGGAGGAGUUGAAUGACUUGAAGCAACGACGGGCCGCGAUGCGCGCGGCCAACCGUGCAUUGGCAAAGCAGGAGAAGAAUAUGAAAAAACGACGUGGUGGAGCUGCAGUGGUCGCAGCUGGUGGUGGAGAUGGCGCGGAAAGUCUUCUGUGUGAAAAGAUCCCCGGAAUUGUGGCUGUCUAUGCGCGUGUCACUCUCGGAGGUGGUGGAGCUGCGGUGGUAGCAGCUGGUGGUGGAGAUGGCGCGGAAAGUCUUUUGCGUGAAAAGAUCCCCGGAAUUGUGGCUGUUUAUGCGCGUGUCACUUUCACAGGUCAUGGUGCUCCCCCUCCAAAUCUGCCAGCUGGCGCUGCAGCUGGCGUUGCAGGGGAAGGUCUAGACUGUUUGUUUGCUUUCUGCGUGUGUGGAGCUCUUGGCAGACCAGGUGCGAAUGAUGUGGAGGAGGCUGAUGCCAUUUCAUCUGAGAGUGAUCGCGGCGAAGGCGCGCGGGUGGAUGUGGUUUUGAGUGUGUUGCUCAUGGCCGAAGUUUGCUCUAAAUCAGUUCUCAUUGGAGGCGGUGCUGCUGAUGGUGAUGGUGAGGAAGACUAG